AUGAAAGCCAAGGAUGGUCAUUGCAAGCGUAAGGGUACUAAAUCUAUCUCUCGUUCCAAGAAGGCUGGCAUCAAAUUUCCUAUUGGUAAGAUCGCUCACUUUCUAAAGGUCGGUAUGUACUCCAAAUAUGUCAGCGCAAAAGCUUCGGGUGUUUUGGAAUUAGCCGGAAAUGAGGUGAGAUAUAAAAAGAAGAAAAGGAUACAACCGAGGCAAAUACAACUUAUAGUGAGGAAUGAUAAAGAACUAAGCAAGCUUUUGCGUUCUGUGACAAUCCCCGGUGGUGGAGUUUUGCCAAAUAUUUAUCCAAAUUUAUCGCAUAAGUAG